GCCAAGUAACCCCAGCCGGCAUUUUCUGUGCAGCCGGAAGAGGAGUCGGAGCCGCGAGGAAGAGAUUUACCGCAGAUAUCUCUUCCGCUUUUCUUUUUUUAAAAACAUUAAACUAGCUUUACUCGGGUCUUCUGACUCCUGAGAAAAGACCCACGAUGGUUGUGGUGACCGCAGGCCCUGGAGGAGCCCAUAAAGUGCUCCUCAUUUCUUCCUCCUCACACUCCGGGGACUCCCACGCCGCUGCGCCUCCUUUACGGAAAAGGCAGAGACUCACACAUCUGAGUCCUGAGGAAAAAGCACUAAGGAGGAAAUUGAAGAACCGAGUUGCAGCACAGACAGCAAGAGACAGAAAAAAGGCCAAAAUGGGAGAACUGGAGCAGCAAGUCCUGGAACUUGAGCAUGAAAAUCAGAAACUCCAUGUGGAGAACCAGAUGUUGAGAGAGAGGACGAGUGAUCUCAUGAGUGAGAAUGAGGAGCUGAGACAGAGGCUGGGGUUGGACACUCUGGUCAGGAAAGAGAAGGUGUCUGAGUCCGGAGCAAGCGAUUUGGUUUUGCUGAACGGGUCUUCUGAGUGCAGUACUCAGGCUACGUGUGCCUCCGCAGCAGGUGCAGGCCCAGCAGUCAUCAAAGCUGAAGAGUUCGCCCUGGAUCCUCACACUCCUGGCACUGCAGACUCUGAGUCUGAUCUCUUGCUUGGCAUUCUGGACAUCAUUGAACCAGAGCUGUUCCUCAAAGAAGCUCAGGAGCCAGACCCUGCUCAGCAGCUCCUGCUGGUCAGAUCAGCCCCAGGUUCACUAUCUGCCCCCUCACCUGGAGCUGUGGGGGCCACACCAGUUAAGCUGGAAGCCCUUAAUGAACUGAUCCAGUUCGACCACAUUUACACCAAACCAGUGGAGGAGGAUGAGGGCACAUGUGAUGUUAACGUUGCAGACAAGCAGGACACCAUGGUCUUCACUUCAGAAGAUGAAGUGGAGGUGGAAGUUGAAACAGUGUCCAUCAAAGAUGAGCCAGAGGAAGUGGUCAUCCCUGUGACGGAAAGCGACUCGAUUGGAGUUUAUGACUUCCUGUCUGAGGCGGCCUCUUCCUUCGGAGGCUAUGACAAGGUGGCGCACCUGAUGUCCGAUACGUACAGUGACUCUGGAUAUGAAAGAUCCCCUUCCCCUUUCAGUGACCUGUCGUCCCCGCUUUGCUCAGACGGCUCCUGGGAAGACAUGUUCACUAAUGAACUCUUUCCGCAACUCAUUAGCGUCUAAACAAACAAAAGUUGGUUAAGUGUAAUCCAAAUGUACAAUGUGAUCAAUAUAUGCUUCAGUACCCUUUUCUAAAUCCAUCUGAUACCAAAAUAACUUCUGGAAAAUGGAUAUUGAGCUUCAAGAGUAGCAAUUGGAUGAAUCUAAGAUUCAUGUUCAGUAUUUUUGUCUGAAGGGAGUUCAUUGGGGAAGAUUUUCAUUUUAAAGAUGUAUUUAUUUGUACUUUAUUCCAGAGUUCUGUAUUGUAGUUGUCUGUCUGCUUUAAUAUUGUAUAUUUUAGUGUCCUCAAAUCCUACUGCAUUAAAAAAAAUUAUGCACCA